CUUCCGGGUUGCUGGCAGGCGACGUGGGGCAUGGUGGGAUCGAGCCUCUGGCGUUGGCGUCUGAACUAGAGGUGCAGGUGAAGAAAAGAGCGGGUUGCUGCUGCGCACGCGCGGGAGAGCCGCGGGGGGAAAGGUGUACUUGCAAGAUGCUGCGGCGGAAACCGACGCGGCUUGAACUGAAGCUGGACGACAUCGAGGAGUUCGACGGCGCCCGCAAGGAACUCGAGGUGGGUGGGUGAGUGGUUGGUUGGUUGCGGGACGGCGAGGCGCUCCUUGCCCACCUUUCUUCGGUGGUGGUGGUGUUGUUUGCGCACUCUGCACAUGCUUUGUUGUUGUUUAGUCAUUUAGUCGUGUCCGCCUCUUCUUGACCCCAUGGACCAGAGCACGCCAGGCACUCCUGUCUUCCACUGCCUCCCGCAGUUUGGUCAAACUCAUGCUGGUAGCUCCGAGAACACUGUCCAACCAUCUUGUCCUCUGUCGUCCCCUUCUCUUUGUGCCCUCCAUCUUUCCCAACAUCAGGGUCUUUUCCAGAGAGUCUUCUCUUCUCAUGAGGUGGCCAAAGUAUUGGAGCCUCAGCUUCAGGAUCUGUCCUUCCAGUGAGCACUCAGGGCUGAUUUCAUGAAGAAUGGAUAGGUUUGAUCUUGCAGUCCAUGGGGACUCUCAAGAGUCUCCUCCAGCACCAUAAUUCAAAAGCAUCAAUUCUUCAGCGAUCAGCCUUCCUUAUGGUCCAGCUCUCACUUCCAUACAUCACUACUGGGAAAACCAUAGCUUUAACUAUACGGACCUUUGUUGGCAAGGUGAUGUCUUAGAGAUUCUCUUGUCCUUGCUCUCAUUUUUCUUUUUUAAAAAGCUGUUUCUCCUCACAAGGGGAGUAGCCAUCCUGUUUGUUAUUGAGCUGCCCGGCCCAGGCUGCUCUGUCCCACUCAGGGGGGUACUGAGUAUAGUAAACAGGCGGUGAGGUAGAGCCACCCGCUGGGGUUGGAUGCAAUUCCCCCCUCCUACUGUUCUUACUUGGGUGGAACUUGCAGAACCAAGCUUAUAAAAUUAUUCACAGUAUGGAGAAAGAACACUGGCUCCUCAGAGCUGCUAUUUGCUUGUUUUAAUAUAAGGUUGUUGGCUGGGGAAAGGUCACAGCUCAGUGGCAAAGGAUUUUCUUUGCAUUGAGCGGGUCCCAGGUUCAAUUGUGAGUACUGUAUCCCCAAGUAAGUCUGGAAGAGCCUUCCUGCCUGAAACUGUGGAGAAGUGCUGCCAAACAGGAUGGAUAAUACUGAGCUAAGUGGAUCCAAUGGUCUGACUCGGUAAAAGGCAGCUUCCUGUGUUCUAUGUUAGAUGAUCAUAAGCUCAGCUGUAAAGCAUUUCCUUUGCAUGCAGAAGCUCCCAAGUUCAGUCUCCCAGGUAGGGCUGGGAGACUCCCUGCCUGAAAUCCUGCAAUAUUGUUGUUAGAGUAGACAAUACUGAGCAAGAUGAAACAAUGGUCCAAUUUGGUAUAAAACUGCUACCUGUAUUCCUGUGCAAGGUGGUGUGUUUGUGCAUGCACAGUAGCAGAUCUAAAUGCCAAAUGAUUCUUGAGGUUGCCUUCAUGUUAGCCCCCUGCACUCACAAGUAAAGGUAUUUGGUCCCUUUCUGUGGCAGAACCUUUUGACAGCUUGCAGUGUCUUAAAUCUGAAAGCAAAGAAUCUGAUACAUUGCAGCUAUAUUUGAAAAAGAAAACAUGUCAUGGGUGGAGGAGGCACAUAUGUGAUUGUCCUGGAGUAGUUUUCUUUAAUCAUGCUUCCCAUUUGUUUCCACAGAGUCGUAGGAAGCGUGAGGAGGUGGAUGUGGUGGGAGGCAGCGAUGGUGAGGGUGCGCUGGGACUCAGCACUGAUCAUAAGAGCCGGGAGCAGAUGAUACAUGACCGGAUUGGCUACAAACCCCAGCCCAAACCAAACAACCGUUCAUCUCAGUUUGGGAACUUUGAGUUCUAAAGCCCAAAGGGUGGACAGUGGCAGUGCCUGGUACCUGUGAGCUUCGGAAGAAAGCAGGAAUUUGUUUCAGAAGCCGAACAAACUCUGUUUAGAAAUAGCAGAAGAAACUGAGCUUCUCUCCUCUAGGUUUUAAAUGGGAGUUCCUCCUCCAAGCAGAGCAAGUCUUGCUUUCCCUACAAAGAUGGGAUCUCUUACUUGAUGGUUUCUUUUGUGCAACCUUGCUAGGCUGCCGUGCUUAAUAAAAUGUUUGUUUUUAACUUUGCAUGCUUCAUUGUAUAAACAUAGAUG